AUGACCCGCCACCAGCCAGCCAACCAGCCUCCCCCCUCACGAGAAUGGUGACCCCUCAACCAGUGUCUCUGCCUUGUCGCCGUGGGAGCUACCUACCAGUGGCUGAACUCGUGUAUUAGUGAGAAAUUGAUCCAUAGAGUUGAAAAUUUUGGGUGUAGGAACCGAAGAACGUUGAGCCAGGCAGGGCAAGUCUAGUGGCUGAAGGAGGGAAGUCAUCUUGAGUGUCACCGCGAAUGUCAAGUCUUCGAAGAGUUUUAGAAAGAUGAAGGAGGUCACGUCGAAGCCACGGCGUCUACAGAACGUGACGACUGGCCACGAGGUGUAUGACUCCCUCCACACCCGGACCCAGUCGGCUGUACCAUGCACGGAGCAACAAUGCAGCGGGUCGCUCAUGAUGGGAAGGAAGAGCGGCAUUGAACCUCGCUCGGAGAAUGAGGUGCUUAAGCUGGCCAAGGACUUCAUCGACGAGUACUACCAAUCCAUCAAGAGAUACCAGAGCGAGCAGCAUCGCCAACGCUGGGAGCAAGUAACCAAGGAGAUGGCUGAGAGAGGCACAUACGACCUCACCCAGACCGAACUAGUUUACGGCGCCAAGCUGGCCUGGAGGAACGCCCCCAGGUGUAUUGGUCGGAUACAGUGGUCCAAAUUACAGGUGUUUGACGCCCGCUACGUCACUACUGCCAGCGGCAUGUUCGAGGCUCUCUGUAACCACAUCAAGUAUGGCACUAACAAGGGCAACCUGAGGUCAGCCAUCACGGUGUUCCCUCAGAGAACGGACGGAAAACAUGACUUCCGGGUCUGGAAUCCUCAACUCCUCAGCUACGCCGGGUACAAGCAGGAAGAUGGCAGCAUCAUCGGCGACCCCAUCAACGUUGAGUUCACAGAGGUGUGCCAGAGGCUGGGGUGGAAAGGGGAGGGCACCAGGUGGGACGUGUUGCCCCUCGUCCUCUCGGCUCAUGGUCACGAUCCGGAGUGGUUCGACAUCCCGCCAGAACUGGUCCUUCAAGUGCCCAUCUCCCACCCAGAAUACAAGUGGUUCAUAGAGCUGGGUCUACAGUGGUACACCCUGCCUGCCGUGUCCAACCUCCUCUUCGACUGUGGCGGGCUGGAGUUCCCUGCGGCUCCCUUCAACGGUUGGUACAUGGCAUCCGAGAUUGGUACCCGUGACCUGUGUGACCCUCAGCGACUGAAUAUCCUUGAGACUGUAGGGGUAAAGAUGGGUCUUGACACCCGUAGCCCCACCAACCUGUGGAAGGACAAGGCCCUCGUCGAGGUCAACAUCGCCGUCAUACAUUCAUUCCAGAAAAUGAACGUGACGAUCAUGGAUCACCACUCGGCUGCGGAGUCCUUCAUGAAACACUUCGAAAAUGAGCAGAAACUAAGGGGAGGUUGCCCAGCAGACUGGGUGUGGAUUGUGCCACCCCUGUCUGGCUCCAUCACCCCUGUUUUCCACCAGGAGAUGUCGCUCUACUACCUCAAGCCCGCUUACGAGUAUCAGGACGCAGCCUGGAAGGUCCAUGUCUGGAAGAAAAACAAAGACAUCAACAGGAACUCAGUGAGAAAACCCAAGCGCAAGUUUCGCUUCAAAGAAAUUGCAAGAGCUGUCAAGUUCACCAGCAAAUUAUUUGGGAAGGCAUUAUCCAAGAGGAUCAAGGCAACUAUCCUGUAUGCUACAGAGACUGGCAAAUCAGAGAUGUAUGCCAAGAAACUUGGUGAAAUCUUUGGCCACACCUUCAAUGCUCAGGUUUACAGCAUGGCGGACUAUGACUUGAUCAACAUCGAACACGAAGCGCUGGUACUUGUAGUCACAUCCACAUUCGGCAAUGGUGAUCCCCCUGAGAAUGGCGAGGAGUUUUCCAGAAAACUGUUCUACAAAAACAAAAAAAGAAAGGACUUUGCCAAGAACCUGUACGCUAUGAAGGUCAGUGGAACGGCCGCAGACAUUGACGAUGUUACCAGCAGUGCAUCAUAUUGGCAGGACUACUCUGCACAGAAGAGCUUACACCGGAGUCUGUCCUUCAUGAGGAUGAACAGUCUAACAGAGGGAGCAGGAGCAGCUGCCAACACACAGGAGAAUGGCGUGGCAAACUCCAACGUUCGGGCGUCGGUUACCUCUGAAAUCAUGUCUGAAGACAACUUUGGACCACUCAGCAAUGUUAGGUUUGCAGUGUUUGCACUGGGAUCUAGUGCUUACCCAAAUUUCUGUGCUUUUGGUAAAUAUGUGGACAACCUGUUAUCUGAGCUGGGUGGAGAACAGCUUAUGAAACUGACUUGUGGUGAUGAACUCGCUGGUCAAGAGCAAGCCUUCAACAAGUGGGCUGCUGAUGUCUUCAAUAAAUCUGGAGACCAGUUUGGGUGCGAGACUUUCUGUCUAGACGAUGACGUGGCCAUGAAGGAGGCGACCGCAGCACUCAAGGCAGAAGCAUCAGCCACUGCUGAUAAAGUCAAGCUUUCUUCCUGCACUAAUGUGACUGACAUUGCUACCGGACUUUCACGAGCUCAUAGCAAGAAGGUUCGAUCCUGCACAGUGUUGGCUUCUAGAAACCUCCACGGACAAAAUGCCAGUAGAUGGACGCAGCAGGUGAUUCUGUCUACAAGCAGCGCUAACGAGUUGAAGUACAGCCCUGGCGACCAUGUUGCCAUCCUCCCCGCCAACUGUCAAGACCUUGUUGAUUAUGUCCUCGGCCGCCUUGACCAGUGCCCUGACCCAGACCAGCCGAUACAGAUUCUGCUGCAGAAGGAAAUACAUUCCAUAAAUGGAGUAACACAGACCUGGGAGCCACAUGAGCGUCUUCCAACUGCAACAGUGCGGGAGCUGGUCACACGAUACUUAGACAUUACCACACCACCUACACCCAACUUCCUUCAUGUGCUGGCAGAAUAUGCUUGUGACAAUGACCAACGCACUCGUCUGGAACAACUCGCUACGGAUCCUCAUGAGUAUGAGGAUUGGAAACAACUGAGAUACCCUCACAUGAAGGAGGUACUUGAGGAGUUCCCAAGUGUGGUGGUGGAUGCUGGACUGAUGCUAACACAAUUGCCCCUCAUGGGACCAAGGUUCUACUCCAUCAGUUCAUCCCCAGAUGCUCACCCAGAAGAGAUUCAUGUCACUGUUGCUGUCGUCCAAUAUAACACACAAAGUGGACUUGGACCACUUCAUUUUGGUGUGUGCUCUAACUUCUUGAAGGAAGUGUCCCCAGGUGACACUGUUCAACUCUUUGUUAGAAGGGCAUCUAGUUUCCACAUGCCCCAGGACCCAAGUCUUCCAGUUAUCCUGGUUGGGCCAGGCACAGGAGUGGCACCUUUCAGAGGUUUCUGGCACCACCGCAAUUAUAUGAUGCAACACCAGACAGGAAAACCAGGUCAAAUGACACUUUUCUUUGGAUGUCGAACGAAGGCUCUUGAUCUGUAUGCUGAAGAAAAGGAAGCCAUGAAGCGAUCAGGCGCCCUUACACAGACUUACUUGUCCCUCUCUCGGGAGCCCAACAUUCCCAAGACUUACGUCCAAGAUAUGUUAGUAGGAGUUGGAGCAGAGGUUUACAAGCAAGUGGUGCUUGAAAAGGGUCACUUCUAUGUGUGUGGGGACUGUACGAUGGCAGAGUGUGUCUAUCAGAAGUUGAAGACCAUUGUCCAGGAGCAUGGCCGCUUCUCAGACCAAGAGGUGGAGAACUUCAUGUUACAGAUGAGGGAUGAGAAUCGUUAUCAUGAAGACAUCUUUGGCAUCACUCUACGGACUGAGGAAAUCCACCGCCAGAAGAGAGAAAGUGCCCGGUUUAAAAUGUCCUCCAUUGUCCAACCCGUAGCAACGACGUCUAACCCCACACAAGCUGCAUCCACCACACCUAACGUGCCCCAGGGUGGGUCCAACAUGACACAGGGAGCACCUGCAACACAAAGCAACGAAUAGGGAAACUCUCGAGGGCAGAUCGGCUCUUCCAACACCUGUUUCUUCUCCACUUUCAAGCGAUUUUCAAAGUUAUUUGUUAAUUAUUUACCUAAUAAUAUCAAACCCUCAUAAAUAAUCAAUAAACAGAUCAAAUUUUAGUAACUACAUUAGCAAAGCUUCUCUUGGGGAUGAGUAUUGUUUCUCAGAUGGUAUUAGACACUGAAAGUCUCACACAUAACAUAGAUUUCUAUAGAUAUAAUAUAAUAUAGCCAAAACAAGUAAUGAUUUAGUGAAAGCAACAAAAACUCCAUAGCCAGUAGAAAUAAAUUUUGUUCCCGGAUAUUCUAUACUUCAGUACAGUACUUUGUGGCAAGAAACUCAUAGGAGAGCAAAGGGAUUCCGACUUGUGUCAUUAACACGACUUAAUGUAAGCCAUUAGCUCAGGAUGCUCAUCUUGGGGCACUACAGUGAUGGCCAGUACUGUACUGCACUGCACUGCACCAAGUAGUAGAAAAGACCGGCAAGUUUUUAUAAAAUCUUAAGAUUUUUUACUGGAAUUUUUACAAAUCUGUACAAAAUGCAAAAUUUCUUUGUUAAUGAAAUGUGUGAAUUUUAUUAAUAUAAAUAUAUUUGAUAAUGAACAGUUGUAUAAUGGAAGAAUUGGCCAAGAAAGAAAAGGAUUAUUUUAAAAAGAUUAGUACGUACAGGAAUACCUCGUUAUUCGCAACCCCGCUUAUCCUCAAUUAAUAUUUUAACACCCCCUAUUCUAUAUUCGCAAAGCAUACCCCACUUAUUCGCAAAUUAAAAAUUACGAUAUCCUACAAAAAAUUUUCACGCAUAUGGACCCGCGAGGUUUAGAAAUUAAUGAAGUUCAACGGAACCCUUCACAUGAGGUACGUUUAAAAAUUCAUGCACAGAAAAAUUCAUGUGCCAGAGACGCUCACCCCACACCUGAACCUGUACUUCCAAACCGCAGCUUGAAAAAAUACGUUGAGCAUUCUAGAAUUCUUCAUAUGGCAAAAAAGGUAAAUACAGGUACUAGUUUAAAUGUUUAUACUCAUUUACAGAUAUGGUAUAUAGACACACACACACACACACACACAUAAACACACACACACACACAAACACACACACACACACACACACACACACACACACACACACACACAUAAACACACACACACACACACACAUAAACACACACACACACACACACACUAACAAUAAUCAUCAUUCUAGAGUUUUGUCCAGCUCGUGUCUUCAGUCAAAUAAUUUGGUGAGGACAUACAGUACAUCACCUUCAGCAAUAGUGUUCUCUAAUAAUUAUUUUAAAGAUACAGUAAUUUAUUUGGAAAAGGAUUAUAUUUGAAUGUGGAGUAUUUGUUGCUCUCGAAGCAAAUGGUUGUCAUCAUUGUGAUGAGAAAGGUGUUACAACACAGUAUUUUCCAGAGUGAGGGUCAGAGUGUCAGAACACCCUGGCAGAUCAGAGUGCCAGAACACCUUGGCAGGUCAGUGUUAGGACAUCCUGGCAGACAGAAGCACAGUUAUGAUGAACCUGUCAUGACCUUUAUCAUGGGGAGUGUUUUAUCAAGAUAAUUUCACUACCUCAUGGUCAUUGAUACUAAAUAUUUUAAUCACUAAGUCCUUGGAUUUGAUAUUAGAAGUUUUGCUAUUUAUGUAGUUACAAAUAUCUGAACAUUAAAGUAUUUCACAAAUUACUAUUUAAAAUUAUGUCAGUUUUUAUAUUGUUACAACUUCAAAUCCAUAGCAAUAUAUUCCUUUCACGUAAACUUCAUGUCAGAGAUAUCAAAAUCAUUCAACGAUUCUAAGUUUGAAAUAUUGAUCUUCCAAAAGAUGUUUGUAUAAGUGAUGUUAACUAUCUACUCUCUAUCACUAGCUGUAGAGGGAUUCUAGGAAAAUGUUGGUCUGCACUCGACUGUUCCCACUAGACAAUGAAGGAUUAGCACUGACUUGGAUGUAGUUACAGUGCUAUAUUGUUUUUAGGCUAAGAGAUGAACAUGCAACUGCAUAUUGUUUUGAAUACAAUAUUGUUUCAAGUAGCAUUAAGUAUUUUGAACAUUUGCAAUUAAAGUAUUAUUUGUGCCUUACAAGUUUUAGUUACUACAACUCUUGAUGGGAUCCAGCAAAUGCUUCAUCAGUGUAUAGAUACAACUUGUGCUUCUUUUAAUCAACUAGUGAAUGUUGACCCCAUUUUGUUCUUUCUUUUUAAUUUGAAAGAACUUUUAAGUCAUGAAUUAGGUAAGUAACAGGUGGGAUGAUACCACUGCCGUACAUAUCAGGGGUAGGGAUGUUUUAUACUGGCAGUGAUGUUAAAGGAUACUGUACUCAUCACACUCAACAAUAUGCACUUAUUGUGGCUAUCAUUUGAACCUUCUUUACAACCGCAGAAGUUAGUCAGGUGCUUGGACACUUAUCUUUAAUUUUCUGAAACUUCCAUAAGUUUAUCAUCUGGUGUAAUGACAAACUGUGUUAGAAUACGGAUAUUAAAUUAUAAUUAGAUGUUAUUUUGUGGUUACUGUUGUUAUAGGUAAUUUAUCAGUGAGGGAAGAUGGUAAACUUGUAGCAACUCUGCAGAGUUAAGAUAUUUGUGCUAGCAUUUGUCUUAGUGUCCCUGCAAAGACAUUGGUUCCUGAAACAGAAAUCCAUCUCAGAUGCUCUUGAGUUAAUUUUACUGAUGUGUGGUUAUAUUUAGCAUAAGAAUAUUAUUCUUUACCUUUGUUGACUUGAGAAUUGUAAGCGACCUCAUUUUCCUGAUGUUCAGUUGUUGUUAACACACUUACUUUUCAUCAUAAUACUGUCAUAAUCCCUUAAAGAAAGUUUAUACAAGCAUAAGAACAGCAGAUAGGAUAUUAAAUCAAACAAUAACACAUUGUGUCUAUAGUAAAAUAUCUUCUCACAAAGAUUUAUGGUACACAGAGCCUCAUCUUACGUGAGGCUUAAGGUAGAACCUCACACACCUGUCUUUCAUUACUUACAACUCUUGUGUUUUCUUUUGUUUGUUAUUAUAAUGUUAACUCACCUACAAAACUAUGAUGAAAUAAGCACAAAGUUAGACAAGAUCAUCACUAGUACUUUCCUGCACUGCACCACAAUUGAACUGAUUAUGCACUUUUAAUGCUAACUAAAAAAUAUACUUAUAUAUAUAUAUAUAUAUAUAUAUAUAUAUAUAUAUAUAUAUAUAUAUAUAUAUAUAUAUAUAUAUAUAUAUAUAUAUAUAUAUAUAUAUAUAUAUAUAUAUAUAUAUAUAUAUAUACACACUAGGUAAUUCAUAUUUUCAAAUCUUACCACUUGGUUAGUUCACAGGUUACAGUGUUUAAACUGCACCUCUGGUGCUUUUAUUGAUUCUUCUUGAUAUACUGUGUUUAUAUAUACAGUAUAUAUAUAUAUAUAUAUAUAUAUAUAUAUAUAUAUAUAUAUAUAUAUAUAUAUAUAUAUAUAUAUAUAUAUAUAUAUAUAUAUAUAUAUAUAUAUAUAUAUAUAUAUAUAUAUAUAUAUAUAUAUAUAUAUAUAUAUAUAUAUAUAUAUAUAUUUUGAUGUGAUUUUCUGUCAUAUUUCCAGCAAAUUGUUUAUAAAGAACAUUAUAAAUGCACCAAGUUAGUGUGAAUAAAUUAGUUACAAUUUGUUAUAGCUACAUAAAACAUUUGUUAUAGCUACAUAAAACUGUUGUUUCUGCUACGUGAAACAUUUGUUACAGCUACAUAAAACACACACAGGUCAGUAGAUAAUAAGUAUUUUGCCCUUUUAUUCUCAAUAAUAAUAACGGGUCUUAUUGAUUGAUAAUUUUUUUUCAUUAUUCUUAAGUAUGAUUUAAGAGUUAGUAUAUCAUCCUGAGUAUAGUUGUCAGGCAUGUUAACUCCAGGGUGAGCUGUCAUUUGUAAUAUCAAUGUGCCUGACUCCUAUAUCAGUUCCUUAUCUUAAUAUCACCUGUAUGGUUGACUGUUACCUUGUGACUGGUGGCUUGGAGUUACCUUGCCCACAUUCACAUGGUUGACAUGUAGUUAUGUCCAAAUAGUUGGAUACGUGGUACUGUAUUUGGUUUAUACCACAGGGGUGACUGCCUGUCAUUGCUUGGUAUGUAAGAUAUUGUCUUUGAUGUACAGUUGUACUGUAUUAUUUACAACUGUACCUUACAAAGUAUUUGUAUCCACUAAACACUUCUUUAAAGUAUGAAAAGAGUAUUUUUAGAAAUGCUGUUGGCUGUCUGGAUGUAUGUACAGUAUGUUGUGGGCAGAUGUACAGUGACAAGUUGUGGAGGGGCAUUUACAACACCAGUCUGUCUCGCACAGGGGACAGCUAAUUUGUUAAAGGUGGAAAAGUGGCUUAUCUUGGGUUUGCCUCACUCACCACCUGUUUCCCUGAACCGACAGAACAACAUCAAGACUUGUAACCUCAGUCCUUCCAUAGGACACCUUUUGGACUAUUAUGUAAACAUAAUUAAAACUACUAAUCUUUUCUUAAAUCUAUCAAGGACAGUGAAUGUCAUUAUUAUGUGCAAGUAGACGGGGAGAUAUAGUUGCUAUAGGCAAGCCACAGUCUAACAGCUCCCCUCUCUUCCUGUCCCAGAGCCACCAGUGUUCAGGCUGGUGAAGCAUUAGUAAAAAGCUGAACACUUAGUCUUCAUCUUAUAUUACUGAUACUUUUAUCAUAGAUGAAUAUGGGGAGGGAAUGACAAAAUUCUCCCCUAGAGUGUCUGUUAUCAGCUAUAUCCACACACUCCAGCAGCCAAAUGCUCACUGUAAGACCAUUUGUGUACCCUCCAGCACACUUAACAAAUUUAAAGAAUCUGAAGGUAUAUUUAUAAAUGAGCACUUAACAAAAUAUACAGAUCUUUAUUGAGUAGUUUCGGGAUUCCCUUGUGAAAGUAUAUUUUUAUUUUUGCCUCAAAGUGGCACAUUUUGGAUGUAUUAUGUAAAGAAGGGUGUAUCAUAACCCAUUUAAAUAUAUCAAGUUGCACUGUUUCACACUAAUUGGUUUGAGGCAAAACUCGCAGUUUUACAUUCAUGUGAACUUGAUACAGAUAUUGUAUUACCAUAAUCUAUGUUUGAGUAAGUUUGACAUUGUAUAAAUCCAAAUUUAUGCAGAGCUAAUAUUGCAUGAAUUCAUGUUUGCAGAAGGCAGAUGUUGACCUUUUACGAAAGGUCAAAGUUUAAUUCAAGACUCAUUUUUCUGCAAAUGUCUAUACUGCACAUGUAAUCACAAUGACUUUUACAGUUAUGUUUUUAUAGUCACUGGUAUUGGUGUCACCAUUAAACCUGCCUACAACUGAUCUUAAGCAGUAUAGAAAGAAGAUUACCGUAAGAGGAAAAAAGAAAUAGCCAUUGCAAGCAAAAGUUAGAUGUUUAGACAAUACCAGUGUUGUACCAUAAACCAUAUUGUUGAAUACCUUAGGAUGAGAAUGUCUGAGUGCUCAUAACUGAUGGCAUCAGAGGUUUAAUGUUAGGGAUUGUCGUAUGUUUUCUCUAGUUUUUAAAACCCAAUUGCAGUAUUCAAAAUACCUGUAUUUGCCAAGAAAUUAUGAGUCAUCAUUUGGCCGUCAUGUAACUGAGAUUGUAGUAUUGGUUUUAUUGUAAGUAGCAGUUGUCUGCUGUUUGCACCAAGUCUACCAGAAAAGAGAUGCAGGUAAUUUAUAAGAUCAUGGUUGUCUCAACUAGUAAACACAAAGUUAAACUUGAUGCAAUGGAGACAAGAGAAUAUGAGAGAGGGCUUUUCAGAGAGAGAAAAUGGUCUGUGUUAUUUAAGAUAAAAUACUAUAUGGGAAUGCCUUUUCAAGACAGUUUACUCUAAGUGGUUGUUCAUGUGGGUAAAGGCAAGAGCCACCACCAGGAAAGGGUUCAUUUUUAUUAUAUAAAGCAAACUUGUUUGUAUCUUAGCUUUAUAAUUGUCCACCCAGAAAAGUGGAAAGUAGAAUACGAAAGAUCUUGAACUGUAGAGAACUGUGACAAAUUAUUUUUAUAAAAAUAAAAUAAUACUAUUUAACAAUACAGUAGAUUGGAUAGCAAUGGAAAUAGUGCUUAGAGAGAAGUAUUUGGGUAAGAAAAUAGAAUGUGGUGGUGUUUUCCUCCUGCCAGUAAUGUUUCUCGCACUGGGCACAAUUAUAUUGCAGCUUUACUUUAAGGUUCAGGCGUAUUAGUGUUUUACAAAGGGUUGAGGAUCUGAACACUGGUGUGAUACCUUUGUUCAGAAUAAAUAUAAGUAUCCAAGUAAUUUUAAGCUUUGAAAAAACAACUUUAUAUGGUAAAGUUUCUUCUUUGACCUGCAUACCAGUUCUCUGGAACUCCUUGUUUACACACCUGCUUAAGAAACCUGCAUUUCAUCUAGAUACAGUUGUACUUUCUUAUUACUGUAUAGUGUAGAUAUAAGUGACUGCUUCACUGGUGUAACAGCCAAACCAAUGCGCACAUUUAUUACCUACUUUAGCAAGUAUUAAAAUCACUUUUGUUUAAUCACUGUGAGUAUGGACUUGUUCAAUACUUAAAUAUUUGAUAAAGGUCCCACAUCUCUGCUACCUUGCUCACCUGUCUGUAUGUGGACCAUUAGGGGUAGAGAGGAUUGUUUGUUCACACUGAUGUAAAACCCAGACAUACAAUAUAGUGCCCAGAAUUAAUAUUUUAUUUUGAAAAUAUCCAGGUAUAAUUCUUUGGAUUACUCUGUUAUUAUUUUAAUCAAGUUAUAAUACUUUGUUAAAUUAUCAGCACACUUGUUGUUUCACAAUUAUUAUUAAAUUUUUUUUUUUUUGGGGGGGGGGGAGUGUUUCGAAAAAUGAUAACUUUUAAGAGGGACAGUGUGAAAGGCACCAGCUGUUCCACAUACCUUAAUGAGUUUUUCAUUUUAGGAAACAAUAAGAUGCAAGGUUUUAGGCUAGGAAAUAUUAUAGUUUCUAUGACUGCAAUAUUAAUGUUAAAAAGAGUACAGUAUAUGAGAAUUUAUGAAGUGUUAUACAAAGCAUUUUAUGGUAUUAGUUUUACAGUGUUGUGUUGCUGCUGCAGUACAGUAUUUGUAAUCGCUGUUCAACAUGUGCUACACUAAUGUUAACAAUCAGACAAGUCCGUCAUCUUUUGACCCAUUUAUUCGUGGCAUUUAUAGAAUUUAACUUUUUUCUGGGGCUGUUAUGAAGUAAAGUUCUUGCAAUUAGUUUAUGAACUUUUAAACUGUAAAAAGUAUAAUUGUUCUUGUGUGUGGAUCUGUCCGUCUUUUGUGAGUGGCAGAGAAAUUAGUGUGCAUAUGUGUAUGUGUGUGUGGAUUCUUGUUUGUGAGAGGGCAUAUGUAUUGUGUGUACUUAAACAUAAAUAUGUAUUACACAUACAGUUAAGUUUGAUUUAUAAGAAAAAUUAAUAAAUAAAAAACCUCCAUUGAUUAUAACGAAAUGACAGCGUCCAUAUGUACUGAUGGCUAUGCAGUGAUCUUCUGGUGUGUAUGAUUUAUGCACUGAAAUGUAAUUUUGUGAUUUUCGGAUGUAAUUCACUUUGAAGUUACUUAGAGUAUAUUAAAAAGCAUUAUAUUAUUCA